AUGUGGCGUAAAACGGAAACACUCAGUGCACUAUAUAUUCGCUACAAAAGUGCUUAUGUACGGUGGCCCACAAGUGUCACACGCAAACAAAAAGAUCACAACGCAAACAAAAGUCACGGCACGAAAGCAAAAAGUCACGGCACGAAAGCAAAAACUCACGGCACGAAAGCAAAAACUCACGGCACGAAAGCAAAAACUCACGGCACCAAAGAAAAAACUCACGGCACCAAAGAAAAAACUCACGGCACCAAAGAAAAAACUCACGGCACCAAAGAAAAAACUCACGGCACCAAAGAAAAAACUCACGGCACCAAAGAAAAAACUCACGGCACCAAAGAAAAAACUCACGGCACCAAAGAAAAAACUCACGGCACAAGAGCACAUUUUCAGCACGAGAGGACUGGAAACUGA